AUGGUAGCAUCUACCGACGAGCGUUCUUGUUAUCAAAUGCAAGAAAAGUGUCUGGGUCUGGAAGGAUGCAAGUUUGUCAUGCUUAUGAUCUGGCAUGACUCGAGAAUCUGUGUUGCAUAGGCACGAAAAAGCCCUCUUACCUGUCAUGCAAGAACGCAGUUUGCCAUGCGGAAGACGUACGACACUGCAGCCAAAAGAUUUGGCAUGCAUAGCUGCGUACUGCAGUGCGUCGAUCAUUCACUUUUAGCAUUUUUAACCCAGACCACAUAUUUGCAAUCCAUACUUGUUCCGCACAAGCGGAACAAACCAAGCCCGGAACUGCGGCGGACCCGAAAAGUCUGCGCCACGAGGACCUGGAGCAAACUACCGAUCUUUUGCAAGACAGUCCCCCGGGGUCCUGCGAGAUUUCCGCCUCGCCGCGCCAGGUCGAGGGGGAGAUGCACGCCAGCCCCGAGCCGACGUACUCAUCUGCGGGGCACGAGGAGAAAGAAGAGAUUCAAGGUGGCACCACCAGCCCGGCGGCCAAGAAGCGCAAGAUGCAGGCCGCUACAGCGGAGGAGGAGUGUAGUACUACGAAGAGUCCGAAGGAACUAUCAAAUGCAAAAAUGUCUGGGUCUGGAAACUUGUGUUGCUGAUACUUGCAUUGCAAACUUGCUGCUUGUACGGCAUAGCAGCAUGAGAAAUUUCCCUCGGCAUUCCUUGGGGAUUUCAUUCGUAUUUAGCAUGACAAACUACCAUAUCCAGCAAGACAAAAAAACUGGCCAAUGGUAUUCAUGCAUUACAGAUCUUGUUGUCCUUGAAGUCCUGCAUCACAAAUCCAGGCCCAGACAUAUUUGCAUUUGAUAGGAACUGAUGGGGACGUAUUUUCAGACGAAGCUGAAGGGGCCGGUAUGAAUUGCAAAAGUAUCGUACUCGUAGUUGUAAUUGCAGUCAUGCAUUACAAACCUUUUUCUUAACGUAAAUCCGCAUUGCAAAUUUUAUUUCGUAUGCUGGGGAAAUUUGUAAUGCAUUUAUACGAGGUCGAUACAACUUUUGCAAUUCAUAACCGGAUAACUUCUACCAUCUGGGUUUGGAUCAAGCAGAUUCAAGACUCAACGGGCUGUUUGGCAACGUUCGCAUGAUCCUGAUGAUGGGGUCGGCUGACCGGGCGAAGAAGCUGGCGGAAAAGAUCGACGUGAACUUCCCGAUUCCGGAAGACCAGUUGGAUUCUACCGUCCACGGCAUCACCACUUCGAAGAAAGACGCUGAAACGAAGGAACGCUCCGUGGAAGACCUGUCGCGGGCGAAGGAUAUCAAAAGGAAAAAUCCUCCCUCCCCAUAUUAAAGCCAUGUCCUUCCGAAAAUUUGUGAUGCAGAUUUGUGACCACAAAUCCUGUCUGUCUUGCCAGAAGACAAAUCUAAAGAGUCCGCCGCGAUAUGCAGGCGGUUUGUAAUGCUGCAAGGCCUACAGGGCAGACGUCUGCCAUGCUGGGUUCCUACACCAAAAGGCACCCCCUCACGCUUGCGAUCUGCGUGCAGUGCUUUCCUGCAAGACAGGCGUGAUUUGUGUACACAAAUCCCGCAUCACAGAUUUCUGUUUUGAUAUGGGGAGGGGGGAUUUUUCAUUUUGAUAAAGGACCGCGGGAGUUUGUUUGUCACGGGCUACUGCCCUAUCAAGUGCAAAAGUGUCUGGGUCUGGAAGAUUGCCAGGUUUGUUAUGCAUAUUUUGCAUACUUCAUGGUCAUGGUGCCUGUAAUGCAUGACCUAGCAUCUUCACAGAUUUUUAACUCGCCUUCUGAUGGUGCGUAUUCCGCAUUAGAAACGCCCACUCCGCGUAGCACAAACUGCACUCCUCUGGCGAGAUCAAGCCUGAGGCUUUGUUCGUAAAGGGGGUGACUGUGGUUGAGGGGUAAAAAAGGUCAUGCAAUACAGAUUUUUUUUUACCUUCCAAAGACAGCAUCACAAGUUGCAACCUUCCAGACCUCCAGACACUUUUGCAUUUGAUAUGCCCCACCGAGCAGAAGAAGAAUUGCGUUUUGAUCUUCUCUCACGGGAUGGGGAAUGCGAGCACCAGCAUUUUUAUCCCACGAAAAAUUGUUUCACUGUGAUGAUUUUGCAAGAUUUGGAUCACAAGUUUUUUACACAUGACAAAGAAAACUUGGCAUGCGUGCGUCCUAAGGGAAAACACAGCUAAAAAUCCAAUGUCUUGCGUGUGUAGCAAGACAAACACAUUUGUGUUCCGCUCUAUGCAUCACAAGUUUACAGUGAAACAGUUUUUUCUUGCGAUAAUUUUUUUGAACGAAAUUACCAAGCUUCUGUUCUGGAGCGGCUGCGAGAUGAAGAAGCUGGAAGCGCUGCGGAUCGGCAUAUGACGGUGCACAACUCUUCCUCCCCUGCAGUUGCCCUGCAGUUGUCAUGCAAAACCCCAAAUCCAGUCGCUUUCCUCCUGUGGCACUGUUUGCGUGACAAAUUUCGAAAGGAGCCCAAACAGCACUACAGUAAGUACGUAAAUUUGUAAUGCACAAUGUCCACGGUGGUCGCAUCGCUGGCGUUUGUAUAAUUGUUGUUCAUGCAAUACAAAUGAGGGGGAGGGGGGUUGUGCACUGUCAUGCGGCACUUGCGGUGGACUGAAUGUGCCCGAGGGCACGGUGUGCAUCACGGAGCGUAUCACGAGAAAAAAGCGUUACAGUUACACAUUGUGUUGCAAGCCCAGCAUGACAGACAACCUCUGUUAUGCCAGAAAUGUAUGCUCCUUCAUCCGAGCUUCAUUUCAUGCGUGUUUUCCCUUAUGCCCUGUGCAUUGCAAGUUUUCCCUCUCAUGCAAGGAAGAUUUGUGUUGCUGAAUUGACAACAGAUGUGUAGUCACUGUAACACUUUUUUCAUCGGAUAGAGCGAGCGAUGGACGGACAAGAGGAAUGGGGUUACGAGUUCACUUAUGCACUACAAACAUACGUUUGGAAGAUUCAAACCUGUGAUGCAGAUUCUGGAACAGACAAAAAUCUGUAUUGCGGAGCCAGCAGAAGAUGCGCGAAUCUUGUCUCCAGCAGAAGGCAUGUCGCAUGCAGACCAGGCAUCAUGGAGAAAUAACCUCCGGAGAGUUUGUCAUGCUCUGCGCGUAUUCAAGACCUUUUUUCAGAUGCAAAAACUGCAUGACAAUUUGUCGCAGCCCCAGACAUGUUUGAAGUGCAUAUCACUGCCUUCGGGCAGAAGUUCCGCGAUCCGGCUGACGCGGACAACAAGAUGGUGGCGGAGCUGACGAAAAUCGGGAAGGACAUGCCGUUAUCCACUGCAAAAGUAUCGUACUAGUAGAAAUCGCAUGCCAAGUUCCUCAGCAUGAGGAAUGACAUCUGUAAUGCGGAUUUGACUUAACCGAAAUAAAAUUUGUAAAUGCAUAAAUGCGAUUAGUACCAGUGCGAUACUUUUGCAGUUCAUAACCCUUUCCCUGCACCGUGGGCAACACCAUGACGACCGAUGAUUACUACCUCGGCCAGGGUCGCUUAGACGGUGCUUUGCUGCCCCCCGGUCAUUUCAACCUCUCGUCUGGAGGCGGACGCGGAGGUACCAGCCCAGGCGAUUAUCAAAUGCAAAAGCAUCGUACUAGUAGUAACCGCAUUUACAAAUUUGCUAAGCAUGACAGAAGGAAUUUCUCAUGCUGAUUUACCUUGAGAAAGAGAUUUGUCAUGCAUAAGUGCGAUUACUACGAGUGCGAUACUUUUGCACAGGAUAGCGAUGGUGCAGCAGCGAUGAAUACUAGCGAGAUGAACCUCAUCGACGAAAAACAGCAGAAGGAGUGGUUCGUGAAGCUGCACGAAAAACACGGAAUCGUGAAUAUGGAGAUGGAAGCCACGGGCAUCUUAGCGUUUUUCCAGCGCUUGAAGAUUCCCGCCGCGGUCAUCGCAGUUGCGUUGCUGAAUCGGUACAACGGUGACCAUAUCAAAUGCAAAAAUGUCUGGGUCUGGAAGAUUCUGAGGCUUGUCAUGCAUGUUUCACAUGACCCAGGAUGUCUGUAAUGCACGACCUAGCAUCACAGAUUUUUAGAGGGCUUACUGCUGCCUACUCCGCAUGACAAACACCCUCCCCGCGUAGCAAAAACUAGACUGCUCUUGCUAGUCAUGCAAUACAGACGUUUUUAGAGUCCAAAGUUCGCAUCACAAGUUCCAGACCCAGACAUUUUUGCAUUUGACAGACCAGCACGAGGUUUCCCGGGAGCAGAUCAAGGCGUAUUCGGAGCGGCACUUGGUAUCGCAAGAAAAAAGUGUUACAGUUACACACAUAGUCUAUGCAAGACCGGCAACACAGACAACCUUUCUCAUGCAGGAAAUGCUUGGGAUGAACCUCGAUUCCUUCCUGUUUUCCCUUAUGAUCUUCGCAUUACAAGUUUUCUCUGCAGCCACGCAGAGAAAAUUUGUGUUGCUGAAGUUACAACAAAUGUGUAUCUGUGA